AUGUCAAGGGCGGCGGGCACGCAGUCCAGCACCGGAGGCAAACGUCCUCGCCGGCCGGCCGGCCCGCCCCUGGCCUUUGCCGCGUCGCGUGAUCGCGUGGGCGCCGCGGCCAUUAGCGCCCUCUGCCCGCUGCCCGCAACGCGCCUGCCACGCCAAUUAACGGAGACGGUCCGCCGGCGCCGGCACGCUGCGGCCACCACCACCCACUCCCCAGGGACACCAGACACGCGCCGGCGGGGAGGCGCCACCCCACCGCAGGCUGCCGUGGAGCCGGCGGCGGCGCCGCUGGGGGCCGUCCCGGAGGCGGAGUCGUCGGCGGGCUCGGGGUCGGGGGCGGCUCCGCUGGAGCCGCUGGGCCCCGCGUGGCAGGCACUGCACGCCGUGGCGCUGGUGUCGCUGGCGCUGGCCGGCUCGGCCGCCAACGUGCUCGUGCUCGCCGUCUUCUACCGGCGGCCCGCGCUGCGCUCGCCCUCCAACAGGUUCGUGCUGAGCCUGGUGGUGUCCAACCUGCUGGGCGCUCUGGUGGUGGCGCCGGCGCUGCUGGUGCAGCUGCUGCGUCCCGCGCACUGGCUGCGCCACGUGUGCGCCGGCCUCACCACGUUCGCCGUCACCGCCUCCAUCUUCAGCAUCGUCGCCAUCGCAGUCGACAGAUACAGCGCGGUGCUGAGCCCGCUGCACUACGCGAUGACCAUCACGCGGCGGCGCGCGCGCGGCAUGAUCGUGGCGGCGUGGGCGGGCGCGGCGCUGCUGGCGGCGCCGCCGGUGCUGGGCCCGCGACCCGUGGGGCCGGGCGCGCCGCCGCUCGGCUGCGGGCCGUCUGCGCGCUCGCACGCCUUCCGGCUGGCCUACGCGCUCGCGCUGUUCGCCGCCGGCUUCGCGCUGCCGCUGUGCGCCCUCUGCUGGAUCUACGCGCGCAUGUACAAGGCCGCGCACCGCAACAGCGAGCGCACCCGCCGGCACAGCGUCUCCACCAACCCGGGGGAGCUCGUCGGCUCCGGCGGCGGCAGCAGGGGCGGGUCGCUCGACCUGCCGCAGCCGCCGCAGCCACAGCCGCAGCACGAAGGGUGCCGGCGGCCCGGGAAGAACCCGCCGCUGUCGCAGCUGUCGCAGACGAAGCGGCGCUGCUCCAACGCCAGCCUGUCGACGCUGCUGUUCCGCGAGGAGGGCCGCGCGGUGAAGACGGCCGCCAUGGUGGUGGCGUCGUUUCUGCUCUGCUGGACGCUCUUCUUCGCGACCGUGCUGGCGGACGCGUGGGCCGCCACGUGGCAGGGCGCCGACGACGACGACGAGGCCGAGGCGGAGGGCCCGGGUUCGGUGCCCGAGCAGUGCCGCCGGCUGGCAGAGCUGCUGGCGCUCUCCUCCGGCUGCGUCACGCCCGCCAUCUACGUGUUCCGCAACGAGGCGGCGCGCGCCGAGGCGUUGCGGCUGCUCCUCUGGUGGCGCCCCCUGGCCGCCGCCGCCGCGGCCGCCGCCGCCUCCGCCACCGCCGCUGUGCACCGCGUGGGAGAGCCCUGCGCCAUUAAGGCCGGGACGGGCGCCACACUGGGCUCCUCCCAGGAGGGCUACACACUGCGCCGCCAGUCGCUGUCCUUCUGCGACAGCAUCUCCGUGCAGAGCUUCCAGAUACCUACAGCUGCGGCCGCUUCCGGGGAGUGCCGACACUGCACUGAGGCGCUGCACGCCACUGCGGACUUCAUCGCCACGUACGAGGUCAUCGAGAGCCCGGGCGACGAAAUCGAGGACAGAAAGUCGGCGACGCCGUCCGGCAGGGCAGACGUGAGGGGCGGCCGGUCGCGGCGCGAGAGCGUCACGUUCCGGCUGGCGUUCCUGCCGGCGCGCCGCUGCCAGGCGUGCGUGCGCCAGAACUCGGACUCGUCGUCGGGCAGCGGCCACCCGCUGCUCAGGGACGGGCCCGGCGGCACCGUGGCCGCCGAGACGGACCCGCCCGCGCUCGCGGUCGCCUCGUCGGCGGCGGCGCAGCGGCGGCAGCGGCUGAGGCUGGCGCGCGCCGGCACCGGCAGCUCGGGCGACGAGUUCACCGGCAGCGACGCCGACACGCCGCGACACGCCGCGCUGCUCGGCCCGGGAGCCACCGACGCCGGCGCCGCCGACCUCAUCGAGAUGGGCGACCACACGGCCGCCACCGCGCUGCAGCUCUACAGGCCGCUGCCGCGGUCCGCGCCCACCUUCUUCCAGGAGACGUCCCUGGAGCACGCAUUGGCCAUACCGGCGGCGUCCGUAGUCGUGGCCUCGCCGCCGCCGUCGGCUAGGUCCGCAUCCUCUGGGGUGCCCGCGGACUGGCGCCAGGACUCGGGGUCGAGCGCCGGCGGCAGCGCCGUGCGGCAGGACUCGGCACGCAGCGACGUCACCGUCGACAGCGGCGUCGUGGCGGACGCGCUGCUUCGCUCGCACUCGUCCUCCAGCUCGCUGUCGCUGAGCGGCGCCGAGCCGCCCGUGGCGCGCCGCCACAAGCUGCAGCGGCUGGCCGCCGUCGAGGACGAGGACUCCCCGCCGACGACCACGACGACGGUCGGCGCCGACGAGCGCGACAAGCCGCGUGCCGCCGCCAAGGCGCGCUUCUGCCGGCCGGCAUUCCGCAUCCCGGCGUGCGACUUGUAG